CACGCCAACCUUCUCUCCAACCACUCCAGACCCUCAGCAACCAUGCCUUCAGCCUGCAGAACCAAGGCUGCCCUUCUGAAGGGCCUCAGACCCAUGCUGUCAACCCAAACCCAGAUCGCCGCCACACAAAAGCUUCUCUCAUCUGCCUGCCAACAAGAUUGCAUUUACUGCGAUAUCUGGAAACUGGCAACUUUGAUCGCAUCCCACACCGGUCUUGCAACUCGAUACAAUCUCUGCACGGGCACACCAGUGAACAGCCCCAGCUCAUCACAACCAUCCUCACCAACCGCCUCCAGUCCAAUCUCUCUAGAUUCAUCGACUCCAUAUGCUUGCAUCAUCUCCGCCAGCAAGAAGAUUGAAGCCCAAUUUCAAACCCAACGAUCAAGGCUGUCUUCUAUCUUGAGCAUCUGCACCGUUGCUGGAGCCGAUCAGACUGAGGGUCUCCGGAUGGCUCAUGACCGAUGUUCCGCAGCCAUUGAGGAUUUACUCGACCAAGAAGAGGAGCUUGAGGAAGAACUGCUCAAGGAUAUCCAGGAGCUACAGUACAUGCACGAGUACGAGUCCGGGUAUGGUUCUCAGUAUUACACCUACCAGGAGGAAAGGAGGCCUAGCAUGGUGCACGUGGCUAUCUGA